AUGGCGUCGACAGACGAGUUACACAUCUCGAAUCUUUUCUCACUUAAGGAUCAUGUCUGUCUUGUCACCGGCGGCGGAACUGGGAUCGGUCUAAUGGCCACUCAAGCCCUCGCUUCUAAUGGUGCCAAAGUCUAUAUCACCGGACGCAGGAAAGAAGUUCUCGACAACGCGGCCAAGACGCACAGCCCGCAGUCAUCAAACCCGUCAUCUACUGGUCAAAUCAUCCCCAUCGGGCCAUGUGAUGUGACCUCCAAGGAAGACCUCCAGAAGCUAACAGCGGAACUGGAAUCAAAAGAGAAAUACCUGUCCCUCGUGGUCGCUGCUGCGGGUGUCUCUGGCCCAAAGGGCUACCCGGAUACCAGCGACGCCAAGCAAAUGAAAGAAAACCUCUGGGGCGAACAGAUCCAGGACUGGAAAGACACGUACCAGACGAACGUCAUCAGCGUGUUCUUCUCCGUCGUCUCGUUCCUUCCCCUUCUUCAGGCCGCACCACGAAAUUUGGAUGCCAGCGCAAUCAUCAUUUCGAGCAUGUCCGGGCUGAUGCGCCACUCGCAAGCCCAUUUCUCCUACAAUGCCUCGAAAGCUGCAACGGCGCAUCUUGCGAGGAUGAUGUCCAAGGAGUUCAGCAAGACGGGUGUGCGUGUGAACAGCAUUGCGCCAGGCUAUUUUCCAAGCGAGAUGACAAUGAAGGAGUCAGACGAGAAGAAUAAGGCUCACAUGCCACCGGAGAAGGUCAAGGACAAGGGACAUGCCGUGCCGGCUGAGCGGGCGGGCAGCGAUGGAGAGAUGGCCAUGGGGGUGAUUUUCCUCACGAAAUGCGGGUAUGUCAAUGGGGAGGUUUUGAAGUUGGAUGGCGGAGUUAUGAACGAGGUUGGUGGUGGUUGA